GAAAUCAGGCCACCUGAGUUACCUCUCCAGCAGGCUUUCUGCAUGAGAGGUUCUGGCUGACCUGGAUGCUGCAGCUAUAAAGGAAGGCAGCUCUCUGCUCCCACAGAAGUAAGAAAAACUGGUGCUCUGACCACAGUCCAGCCAUCCUGUUUGAAGGAGUGGCUUGUGCAGGGGAGUUUCUGGUUCCCUGUGCCAUGCUCCUGGUCUGAUGCUGUGGAUUCUGUCUGCCAGACACUGGACACUGCUGCAGGCAGACUCUUGGGCUGCCUUUGAAGAAGGCAAACUCACCAAUCCUUAACCAGCCAGCAAAGAUAUUCAAAUUGAAGAAAUAAGCCUAAAAGUUCUCUCAGAGAAAAUCCACUAGAGAAAGAUAAGGUUAGGAAGCGGAGACUCCCCAGCGCUGCUUGAAGCUGAACCACAGCUGUAAAACGCUGCCAUAAAGCCUGUGUGGAUUCCUAGUAAGAUGGAUGCUCUACAUAAGUUGAAGAUUUUGGUGAUGUUUCUGUCUCUGGCUACUUUCACGGUCAUGGUGAUAAUGAAUGCUGGAAAUGCCACUGGGACUUUCAAAGGUCUGUUCAGGACAACCCCUGGAAACAUCUCAGCCAAAUACAGCACUGAUUUCACCCCAGCUGGCUGGACUUUCCUCAUCUGGAAUGUCAUCUACGCCUGGCAGCUCGCCUGGCUCCUCUACGCCUUGUCAGGGAUCUGUCGAAGGAAUGAACUUGGAUAUGUCUUCAUAAAGCCAGACUUGCUGCCAACACCUUUUUAUGUAGCAUGGUGUCUGAAUAAUGGCCUCAAUGUUGGAUGGCUCUUUCUGUGGGACCGAGAAUACCUCCUUCCAGCCCUGGUGUUCCUGGCAGUCCUCUCUCUUACCACGUGUGCCUCCCUUUUUGUUUCCCACCGAGCCUUGAGCAUCCAUUCCUCGUGGUUUGUGAAGGCUCACAAAGCUGACCUCUGGCUCAUCCGCAUUCUGGUGCAGAACGGGCUGGCCCUGUACUUGACGUGGACCAGCAUCGCCACGCUGCUCAACUUCGCCGUCGUGCUGAUCUACAAGUGGGACGUGCCCAAUGAGAAAGCAACCACUGCUUCCCUGAGCAUCCUGGCUCUCGGCCUGGUGAUAUGGUUUUAUCUAGAAAACUACCUUCUUGACAAGUAUGUGCGCUACAACCUGACAGUCUACCCAGUGGUGAUAGCAGCUCUGACUGGCAGCCUGUGCAGGAGCGGCUCGUUUUCAUCCCCAAUGACCAACGAUGUUUUUAUAGUUGUUCUUCUGGCACUGACAUGCUUGAUCUUUGUUGUUCGGCUGGGACUAGUCACAUGGAGACACUGGAAGAGACCACUGGAAACAUCAGAAUUCCGAGGUCCAUCAGGCACAGUGGCCUGAGACCUCUGGCACACUGUGGCUGAUACUUGAAAGGGAAAAAAAAGAAUUUGGCCUGUGCUGGUUCCUUCCUUCCUGUAUCCAUUUCCUCGUGGAAAUGGAUACAGGAAGGAAUAUUUGGAAUAUUCUCUAUUCCAAAUGCAGAUGUCUUGUGUCUGCAAAUGUGUCUUGCUCCCACAUUCUCUCAGAUCAGCUACUCACAACCCUGUCUUGAAUUCCUUUGAUUUUACCCUGGAAAAGUUCAGGAAAAGGUCCUGAGCAGCCCUGUGCACCUUUGUGAUGCCUGGGCUGUGGCUCUCUUCUCCUGCCAGUGCAAGGAGGGCUGCCAACAGGCACCCAGCAGGCUUGCACUCACAGUUGUUCUUGUUUUUUCCUUGGUAGCUCACUUUCUUUGAAGUGCAGAUCCAAGUAAUCUGUCUCUGGGGUUCCAGGGGAGCAGUGGGAGGUCUGUCAUUCCCUUGGCCAUCGGUGCUGAGCAUCCUCCAAGCCCUGGUGCUGUCAGCAGAUCUCCUGCAGGCAGCCACUGCUCCUUUUCCUGCUUCUCUUUGGCAUGACAGGAACAGACACUACAGUUUGACAUCUACCUUUGCAGUGUCAGCUCUGCUGUUUGAUAUUCAAGGGGGCAGGGGCAGUGACUGAAGAUUUCUGACACAAAUGUGUUGCCUUUCCCUGAGCUGUGCACAGCUUGGGCUGGCUGGAUGUCUCUCACUGGGGGAGGGUUUGUGGCUACUCUGGAAGGAGGUUAGAUGUACAGAUGAGCUGGUGCCUGAUCUGGGGUGAAGCCUGAUGCUUCAAAGGAAGCCUUUAAAAAAAAAAGAGAAAUAUUGAACCGGUAGAACGAGUUCAUCCUGGAUCAGUGCCUUCUCAUGUGGCUUCACCACUUCUGAGUUGGGAUUAGGAAGCCUAAAACUGGAUUGACUGAAUUUUUGGACCACUGCCUUUCCUUCCUGUGCCUAAUUGUGAGUUGCUGGUGCCUAACAGGUGUCUGGAAAGUCUUUGCACCAGGAAGGUGCUUUCAGUGCAUCUUGCAGUAUUAUUAACAAAACUAAAUUCUAAAAUAACAUGUGCUGUUGUUUACGUUUAGCAAAAACCAAAAGUGUAAUGCAACUCCUCUCAUCAUUCUGGUGUUUCUUUUUUUUUUUUUUUUUUUUUUUUUUUUUUUUUUUUUUUAAUUAUCAAAUAAAUCAGCUAAUUCUACCACUCUGCCACUAACUCUGUAAAUCAUCUAAAGCAACUGUCCUGGCCACCACCUCACCCAUGUCCAGGGUUCCAGCGUGACUCUGGUCCCUUGCUGGGAUCUCAUGGGUGUAGCUGCUUCCACUGAUUGUUAGCCAUGGAGGUGAAGGGUUGGAGGAUGUAGAUUGCUAGGUAUGAUUUAAACUCCUUUGACCAGCAUGCUGUCAAAGUUAAGUUUCUAUUUUAUAGGCUCUGUCAUGUUCAAAGUUAAGUUUCUAUUUUAUAGGCUCUGCCUCCCAAGAGCCCAGCUAAUAAAUUCCCAGCAGCCUCUCCAUAAGCUGCCUUCUUUAAUACAGGGGUAUUAAAUCCACUGGCAUGGGGAUUAAGGGGUCCAGGCAAGGUGAGAAGCUGCUGUGAGGCUCUGCAACACUUAAUGCACAGGAAGGUUUUGCAUCCUCACCAGCAAGAGCGCUGCAAACAGCUCCUGGACUGGGGCAGCUGCACUGCUUUUCCACAGAACAUUAAAAAUGCAUUCAGGAGGUUUCUUGAUAUCUGUACCUUGUUUCUGUGCUGGCCACAUGACCAGAAACUAUAUCAAAGAAUGCAAUUAAUUAUCUGGGGAGAGUUGACAGGGCUUUUGCAAAGGCAAGUCCUGUCUCACAAACAUGAAGGGCUCAAAAAGCACAGGCAAGGGUGAGCUGUCCCAUACUGCCACUGGCCUCCACAGAGGCACAAAAGCUGCCAAGAAAAUCAAAGUCCUCCCACUGGAGAUUAAAGCUGGGAAGCAGAGGGGGUGUUUCUCCAGGAAGGGAGCUUGCUGGAGCCACAUGUCAUGGGCUGGAUAAGGUGGUCACUAAAAUGAGGGGAUGGCUGCAGGAUGGACAGCUCUUUAGGAUGGUAAAGGAGAAGGUAGACUGGGGAAUUGCAAAAAGCUGUCAUGGAACAGAGAGGACAGAAGUCAUUGCAGGGGUGUCCCAAAUGAUGCUGUGCUACACCUUGCAAGUGACACCUGGCCCCUGCCACUUGGGCACAGGGUUUGGGGUGUUGGCAGCCAUUCUCACCCAGACAUUUCCACACCUGGCAGCAGCAGAGGUAAAUCAUGUACCAGGAAUGGCAGAAAAGGAGUAAAACUUGCAACACCCUCCUGCCUCUCUAAAGCUGCUGUGCACCCACAUCUUGAGGGCUUUGUGCAGCACUGGUCCUUGCACUCCCAGGAGAUUAUUAUGGGAUUGGGAAGAGCAGUGGCAGGAGUGAGAUGCCUCCCUGCUCAUCCCUGCUCCCCAGAGCUGAGGAGCAGCUCAGGAAUGUGAGCCCCUUCCCCACGGGCACCUUGAUGUGGUGGCACAGGGCUCUUCCCCCUCUCUCACCACUCCAAAACCAGCUGUGAGGAGAGACCCAAAGGCCCUUUUCUGAUGAGAUGCUGCAGCAGCACCCAUUUAAUCUUUGCAGACCUCCCUGUGAGAAAGCCCCUGAUACUGCCCUGCAAUGAUAAUGCUGAGCUACCCCAGCCCUCAUUUGGCCACCCACAAAUAAUUUCCUGGUCCCCAAAACCCUCUCCAAGCCCCAUUUUCCCAUAGCUGGGGCCCACAGAGGUUCCCACAGCAGUCCCAGCACACAAAGCUCCAGCCAGCUUUGGGAAAAAUGGCUUUUCUUGCAUUUACAGCAGGAACAGGAGCCUAAAAAUAAACCACCUGCCCCUUUCUCUUUCAGUGGGCAGGGGGGAAAGCAGAUAAAAAAUUAGUGUGACCCUUCCUGUUCCAGACUUGGGGACAAAGAUAGCUUCAAGACUAUUUUAAAGGCUUUUUUGUUUUUCUUGAAAUGCCUUAUUUUGACUUGUCUUUCCAAAACCACCAGUACAUGAUUUUGCCCACAAAAGAUUUUUCUUUCGGCAGAGCUGCAUUUCAGAAAGCUGGAAGCCUGCCAACCUUUUAGCAAAAAAUAAUCAGCCCAGCCUUUGUUUCCAUGAGGGAUUAUGGGAUUUGGGUGAAUUUUACAGGAUUUAAAAUUUCUUGGAAAGCUGGUGGCCUGAAGAAGGCAAGGCCUGAAAAAUUAGCUUAGUUUGUGAAAAUGUGGUCCUGAAAACGUUAAUGUCUCUUGUAGCCCAGUCUGGGAUGUGACCCAAGCCCCCUAGAUCCAUGAGGCUGGAAGAUGGAUGGGGCUGGCAAAGCCAGGCAUGAUGAGGUUCCCAGGACAUGAAGGUUUGCUUUGCUUUCUGAUACAAAAUCUGGGUUUAGACUUCUCGUCCUGUGCAGAGAUUCCCUCUACAAGGAAAUAGGGAAAAGCAGGGUGAUCUAUAAAACACCACUGGGCAGAAAACUGCAUUACUGUGUCUUGGGAUGUGUGGGGAUGCUCCUUCCCCAGCCCGGGGCCAGCUCCUGCUCAGGCAGCCUCCAUCUGAGAAUGACCCAUCAUAUCACAGUUUUUCCAUAGGGAUAUAUUGGCUGGGCUGGAUAUUUCUGAGGUUACUAGGCUGUUGUUUUCAGCAAAAGUUUCUGUGAAAAUCUGAUUCAAAAAAAUGUUGCAUGGAGAAGUUGUGGGGCAAGGCAAAUAUGCAUUUGAACGGAGAAAACAAAUGUGUUAAUUCAAAAGGAAUUCUUUUUAAAAAAUGAAGCUAUAAGACCCUGGGUCAGGCUCUCAUUAAAGCCCACACAGCUCCCAGAGAAAACCAUGCUUCGUUUCUUGCCUUAGGACUCAGCUGGGUCCUCUUCAGCAUGGUGGGAGCUGAUGGGAGGCUGGGAUGGGGGCAGUUUCCCUUUGACACCUCCCACCAGCAGCAGCUUGCUCCAAGCAGAGCUCCCUGUACCUCAUCCUGCCCACAACCCCAGAGCACUGCACCCCCUCGUGAUGCUCUUGGUUACAGAGCUCAGGCAGAGUCCAGGCAGGAGCCUCACCUGCUGGGCUCCCAAAAAACAGAGCACGCAGGCAGGGGAGACAUUGUGCUACAGACUAAUUUGUUCUUGGCUUAAUGCUACCCUCAGGACUAAUUACUUUAUAUUAAAACAUCUGUGAAAUGGAGUAAUAAAUAAAGCUGAGAGAGAGGAGAUGUUACUCCACGAUGCAAAGCACCGGAACAGAAAGCAGCAUUGCUUUUCAUCUGCAAUUCAGAGCCACUUUGCAAACCCAUCUCCUGGCUGCAUCCAGGGGCAAGGGGCACAGUGGGAUACUGGGACUGCUGCUGAGAUAUGGGCACAAGUGGCACCAGCCACAAGGGCCACCACCAGCAGGAAAACAUGGAAACUGGAAAACUCUUCUCAUGUUGAAAUGUUGGAGGAGCUCCGGCCUCGGAGAGGGAGCGCAAAGACCAAAAGGUGGCUCCAAAGGUGGCACCCCCAGCACCCCAAGCCCAGCCCUGGCUGGCUGUGCCCCCAUUUCCUUAUCUGUGAUGCAGAGAUGAACAGGACAAACCUCUCUGUGGAGAUAAAAGCGUGGAACACAUGCGAGGAUGAUUAAAGCCAGCAGCGCCCUUUGCUAUGCACACAGCUUAAACACGCUGGGCCCUCCCGGGCUCUUUGAAAACUGUUAGAUGUUCUCCAGCUAAAUAUUUAUUUUAUCUGCCGGGACAGCAGGACUCAUGCAUGGGCUGAACAUGUGGGAAAAAACUGCUGGAGCAGCCCCAGAGUCUGACCCUGCUCCCAGCAGAGCUGGAGCACUGCUCAGCACAUGCAUUGCCUGUGUGAUAGCACCAUGGACCUUCCCUGCUGGGAAAUUCGACUCAAAGCCCUUGAAUGGUACACAAGGAUGCUGUGUUUUCUCCCUUCUCUUUGGGAAGCAAAGGUCUUGAAGCCUUUGGCCAAGAAGCUGGUAAAAUGUGAUGUUUAAUCAACCAAGAAGAGAUUGACUGUUGCCUGCUCAGGGUGGGGCCAAUUAGGGAGUGCUGGAAGUGACAAUGACAUUAGCUGGUAACUUGGGUUGCCUCAACACUGUUCUAUUUAAAAUAUGAGCUUAAAAAAAAUGGUCAUUACUGAAAAGUAUUUAGCUUGACUAAGUGGUCUAUGACACACAAAAAACCAAAUUGUGUUUAGGCCUGUGGUUGCCAUUGCUUACCCUGGUGGCAAUGCAUAUUUUGCCACUUAUUUUGCAGGAGCAGAAUAGAGGAAUAUUUUGUUGUGAAAUGGUCUCAGGGCUGAGAGAGGAGCACAGGGACUGAGCAAAGACAUCUGAGAGCUGUGUCAGACCAGCCUGGGAGCCAGAGUCUGGGUUUCCUUGUCCUAGUGCUUCACCUUCAGCCCAUUAAAAAUGGCAUGGACAAAA